GAGCGCCCGGUCCCUCCCGCCGCGCCAGGUCCCGCCCGGUCGCGCCCACAGCCAACCUCGCCCGGCCACAGCGCCAGCCUCGGUGGCUGCCCGAAAGGGGGCGGGCGGAGAGGCGGAGCGGGGAGGAGCCGGGCGCGGCGCCGCGCUGUCCCUGGUCGCCGCCCACCCCGUUACACACAGCAUGUAAACAGUCCCCGCCGGGAGGAGCCCCGGGACUGGAGGGAGCCCGCGUCGCCCGGCCCCGCCGCCUGCCCGAGAGCCCACAGAGCCGCGCGCUGCCCGCCCGGGAGGAGCGCGCCCGAGGAGAGGAGGGCGGGCGGCGAAGGGAGCGGGAGGCGGGCGGCGCGUGAGGAGGCUGAGGGAGCAACGGGCGCGGCGGGCCAGGAUGGAUUUCCAGCAGCUGGCUGACGUUGCGGAGAAAUGGUGUUCCAACACGCCCUUCGAGCUCAUCGCCACCGAGGAGACCGAGCGCAGGAUGGAUUUCUACGCCGACCCCGGCGUCUCCUUCUACGUGCUGUGUCCGGACAACGGCUGCGGGGACAAUUUUCACGUGUGGAGUGAGAGCGAGGACUGCCUGCCUUUUUUGCAGCUAGCACAGGAUUAUAUCUCCUCCUGCGGCAAGAAGACGCUCCAUGAAGUCUUGGAAAAAGUCUUCAAGUCUUUCAGACCUUUUUAUUGCGAUAUAAUUGACAUACAGCACUGUAUAAGUUUAUGGCAUACAGCAUAAUGAUUUGACUAACAUACAUCAUGAAAUGAUGAUCACAUUACUGGGGCUUCCGGAUGCAGAUGACGACGCAUUUGAAGAGUACAGUGCGGACGUGGAAGAGGAGGAGCCAGAGGCGGACCACCCCCAAAUGGGGGUCAGUCAGCAGUAGACUUCCAAGGGCUCCCACCUGAGAAGGAGAGUGGGCCCUGUGGUACCCGAGGUGGGGUCACAAGCUCCUGGGUUAGCAUUUUGCAAUAGCACUUCGAAACAGGACGUCUGACUCCCAGCAUCCAAAUUAAAAUGAAAUACCUUUUUAACGACCACACGAUAUCUGGGAUGAGCUUUGCUCAGAAGGGACCUGAAUUUUACUCCCGUUUCAGUGGGUCUCUAAUGGAGUUGUCUCGGUAGCCUUUGCCAUUUUGAAUUUAGAGUCCAUUUUGCGGCUGACUGUUCUCUCUUGAGUUUAUGUUGGAGAACUAACAUUUGCUGACUCAAAAGUAGAGAACUCUGAAUGUAUUAAGGAUAUGUUUUGAGUCAUCACAGGUGACAUUAUUGAGAGAAAGCAUGGCAGAGAAGAAAUGCAGUCUGCACUUUUUAUGUACCUUUUAAGCGUAUGUAAAUGGAAGGUUUUGCUUAUAAAGCAUGAGUUUUAAUAUCUAGUCAUUAAACUGCACAAGUGCAAAUACAAGGGCAGAAAAGGAGAAUUACUUAGUUUUGGGUUAAGAGGGUAAGAGAGGCAAAGAAGCCUUUAAGUGUUCUGCCAUUACUGAGUUACCUAGAUAUAUAGCAGCUGGUUCAUGGUUAGGUAGAAACAUUAUUUGCAUGUUCAGUUAUUUUAAAACAUGCUGAUUCCAAAGCCACUUUUAAAGUCUAAUAGUGGAGAAUAUAAAUGGGGUGACAUAAAUUAUUGAUUUCUUUAAAAUGUUUAUAAGCCACCCCACAUAUGAAAUGAAACAUUUACCUUCUCUCUUUAUAACAAGAUGGCAACUUGUUAAAUCAUGAAAACAUCCCAAAUCCAAGUGCCACUUAAACUUUGAAGCCAUAGAUGAAUUUAAUAGGAAAAUAAACCAGGAUAAAUUUUUUAAAAAUAUGAUGGAAUCCUUCUUUACUUUCUUAAUCUGACUUUUCUUCUUCAAAAAAAAGUCAAGAAAGGAUCCCACUGUAUAAUUUAUUUAAAAAUUGUAAUCAAGUGCUUUGAGGAACCUAACUGCAGUGAAGUUUUAAAGUCUAUGAAGGUGGGAAUCUUUUAAUCGUGGGUUAGCUUGGUUCAGAAGGGAAGUUUUAAUGAUCAAAUAUUCAGACAACUCACAGAAACAACUACCAUCAUAACUGGAAACACUGCUGUCAUCAUUUAGCAACACACACUGAGGGGGGAAAUUCUUUGCAAUGCUAACAUGGAAUUAUUUAAAACAUUCAUUUUGCUUAGACCCUUCUGCAUCUCUGGUUCUAAUAAAAGAUGCAGAAUGCCUCUUUUACAACACUUAACAUAACAUCUGGGGUGGAAUUGUUUUUAACAUGCACACACAUGCCUGUUGGGUUGUCAAAGUUUUAGAUUAAAAAAAAAAAAGCAGCAGAGGCCACGGAGUUUACGGGAGUCUUGUAUAUCUUCCAGGCAUGUUGGUGUAAACCUGAUUAUCUCAACAUUUUCUGUUUAAUUGAUUGGUGCCGUGAGGAGUACAGCUGCUCGUGGUAAAAUGGUGUCCUACAGUUUUAAGUCAUCGGGUAAAAUAAUUUCGUGGUUUCGAUCCGUGCUUCAGUACCCAUGUUUUUUUUCUUUUCUUGGAAAAACAUAUUAAAGGUUAACUUCAAGUGAAAUGAA